CUUCUCUCCAAGAUAAAAUGGCAAACCUCAAAGAGAAAACUCCAAUGUGUCUGGUAAAUGAGUUAGCCCGUUUCAAUAGAGUCCAACCCCAGUAUAAACUUCUGAAAGAAAGAGGGCCUGCUCAUUCGAAGAUGUUCUCAGUGCAACUGAGUCUUGGUGAGCAGACAUGGGAAUCGGAAGGCAGCAGUAUCAAGAAGGCCCAACAAGCUGUUGCUAAUAAAGCUUUGGCUGAAUCUACACUUCCCAAACCAGUUCAGAAACCACCCAAAAGUAAUGUUAAUAAUAACCCAGGUAGUAUUACUCCCACUGUGGAACUGAAUGGGCUUGCCAUGAAGAGGGGAGAGCCUGCCAUCUACAGGCCCCUAGAUCCAAAGCCUUUCCCAAAUUAUAGAGCUAAUUACAACUUCCGGGGCAUGUACAAUCAGAGGUAUCAUUGCCCGAUGCCUAAGAUCUUUUAUGUUCAGCUGACUGUAGGAAAUAAUGAAUUUUUUGGGGAAGGGAAGACUCGACAAGCUGCUAGACACAACGCCGCCAUGAAAGCCCUCCAAGCACUGCAGAAUGAACCCCUUCCAGAAAAAUCUCCUCAGAAUGGUGAAUCUGGAAAAGAAGUGGAUGAUGACAAAGAUGCAAAUAAAUCUGAGAUCAGCUUAGUGUUUGAAAUUGCUCUGAAGCGAAAUAUGCCCGUCAGUUUUGAGGUUAUUAAAGAAAGUGGACCACCCCAUAUGAAAAGCUUUGUUACUCGGGUGUCAGUGGGAGAGUUCUCUGCAGAAGGAGAGGGAAAUAGCAAAAAACUGUCCAAGAAGCGCGCUGCAACCACUGUCUUACAGGAGCUUAAGAAACUUCCACCUCUUCCUGUGGUUGAAAAGCCAAAACUAUUUUUUAAAAAACGCCCUAAAACAAUAGUCAAAGCUGGACCAGAAUAUGGUCAAGGAAUGAACCCCAUUAGCCGCCUGGCUCAAAUUCAACAGGCCAAGAAGGAGAAGGAGCCAGACUAUGUUUUGCUUUCAGAGAGAGGAAUGCCUCGACGUCGGGAAUUUGUGAUGCAGGUCAAGAUAGGCAAUGAAGUUGCUACUGGAACAGGACCUAAUAAAAAGAUAGCUAAAAAAAAUGCUGCGGAAGCAAUGCUGUUACAGCUUGGUUAUAAAGCAUCCACUAGUCUUCAGGAUCAACUUGACAAGACAGGGGAAAACAAAGGAUGGAGUGGCCCAAAGGCUGGUUUUCCUGAACCAACAAAUAACACUCCAAAAGGAAUUCUUCAUUUGUCUCCUGAUGUUUAUCAAGAGAUGGAAGCCAGCCGCCACAAAGUAAUCUCUGGCACUACCCUAGGCUAUUUGUCACCCAAAGAUAUGAACCAACCCUCCAGCUCUUUCUUCAGUAUAUCUCCCACCUCGAAUAGCUCAGCCACAAUUGCCAGGGAACUCCUAAUGAAUGGAACAUCUCCUACAGCAGAAGCCAUAGGGUUAAAAGGAAGUUCUCCUACUCCCCCUUGUCCUGCAGUACAACCUUCAAAACAGCUGGAAUAUUUAGCAAGGAUUCAAGGCUUCCAGGCAGCUUUAAGUGCCUUGAAACAAUUUUCUGAGCAAGGACUGGAUCCAAUGGAAGGGGCAAUGAAUAUUGAAAAAGGUUCUCUUGAAAAGCUGGAAGAUACAGACUCUUUCAACUAUUAAGGGAGAACUACUACGCUGUGACAGGACCGUCGAAAAAAGUGAUCUGACUCCUCACAUACUUCACAGACCCGCCACAGUGCUGCAUGUAUGAGAGAUACACGUUUCAGCUUGAUUUUACUUCUUUGUAGUAGUAAGCAGGAAUGGGUAAGGUUGUAAUUAUGAUUUUUGUCUGCUUGAUAGCCAAAAAAAGGCAAGCUGUGGUAUUUGCAGUCAUUACAGGUUCACCUUUAGGCUCUAUAGCUUACAUACAGCCUUUAUAGCACAGAACUGCAAUAAGGCAGCAUUGCAAAGCAGCUUAUAUAUUCUAAGCUAAACCAGAAAACCUAUCCCUAAGUAAUUAAGUCUAUAAGUGUUCUUUUAAGUAUCCAGUUAUGAUUGUUUCCAAUUAGUUAAAAAGUAUAAAAUUUAUUCUUGAUGGUAUUCAGAAAUCAUUUUUAAGUAUUAAAAGUUUGUUUAGUUUUGAAAUACGAGUAUAGAUUUAGAAGGAGGGGCCCUAUUUUUAAGUUCUUAAGUAUAACUCAGUGUUACAUCUCAAGAAAUUACACACAGUAUAAAAUACCAAUAAGAAUAUGCUACUUGGUGCCCUCACUGUGACCAUCACAUGGCAGUGUCCCCUCUAACUCUGGCUGGUGGCUGGCCCUGCCCAGAAUCACAGGCACCCAAAUGGGCUGGCUCUAAUGACUUCCUAUAGUCAUGUGCCACAGUGUUGCUAUCAACGUCUAAAUGACUAAUCAAGGUCCCAGCACCAUAUAGAGAAGUAGGUGAUAGAAGAUUAACAUAUUCCUAACAGUUUUUAAAGCUUGAUUUGUUGCCAAGUUUCUCAAACUAAUGAAUGUCCUCUCCCCUCAAAUUAGUCUAGUAGUGUUAACUUAUUUAUUCAACAAGCGUUUCUUGAACAUCUACUACAUGCAAGUUCUCUAUUCUGAUCUGACCAGCAAUGAGAAAAUGAUAGCGGGUCCCCUUCCAGUAUCUAUGCAGAAUUUAUACUCACCAGCACUUAACUGUGUUAAAUCAGAACAUCAAAUAUAAAGCAGUUCUAGUUUAUCCCUCACUAAAGCAGGGUCUUAUGGCUUCAUGUUCUACAAAAAAAUGUCAUUUGAGUUUCUUCCUCUUGUGCCCUCGCCAAAGUAGCUUGAAGGGACAUUUAAGCCCCUGGUUUUGUACAUAAAGGAAAAAGAAAGAGAAACAAAAGAAUCCAAACAGGGCUAAGUGACAAACCUUUUCCAACUGUGGGAUGUAAAUAUAUUUUUCAGGGAAAUAUGCUUCACUUUAAGUAGCUAGUAAAGAGUAACAUAGGUUUGUUUUAAUCUGAAGAUUUCUUUUCAGAGGAAGGGGUUAGUUUAGAAAAAAGUAAUGUUAGAUCAAUGUUUUGUUUAAAACACAUCAUUUCUUGCCUGAUCAGAGACAGAUCUGGCCUGUAUGAAUCAAAUCCGAUGUGUCAUUGUAUUUUCUCAUUCCAAGACAAAGGCCUAUAUUCUUCAUUCAGAAAGACUUACCACUCACAGGUCUAAUACUACAAUUACUGUGACAACUACAAACAGUGUCAGGAAAACUGAGGUGCUGAGAAAAGUGAGAAGUGAACUAAGCACCCAAGGCCAAAGUCGGCCUCAGAACCCAGACUGCUUGUCUUUCAAAACUGAUGUCAAACACUCAGCUCCUACUGUGCACCAGGGACAAGAGCAUUCACAUAGGGAUUGAUCAAAUUUCUUUUUAAACUUGAGUUUUCAGGGUUCACCCUGGAGCCUGAUCCACAUGACUGAGCACUAAGGCUGUUAAUCAUUUUCUUUGCUGCCUGAAUGGAGGCAAGCAAUUACUGCUCAUGCAUUAUUUCCACAACCAAACUCCUGCCUUAUGUCUGGAGCACAUUACCAAAUAAACUUUGAUCAACAUGAAUUCUAUCCCUUACUUUACAAGAAAAAUGCUAUGAGCGGCGAGAAAGCAUCCCACUUUCAGGAAUUUUCCCAAGAAACCUGACUAGUUUUCUUUUCUAAUUACUCUUGCCCUCAACAGUCUGGUAGAUGACAUCUGAGAUAGCACAGCAUAUUCUGUCCUUGACACAGUCUGACAGCACACAGAAAUCUGGCACUGCAUAAUGAAUUAUUAAUGUAUGAGAUGGGGACCAGCGAAAGGUGAAGUGCUAGUUGCCAUGACACCAGUCAGUUCAAGCUAAGGCUCGCGAUCUUUCACUUUGUCUCAAAGAGUCUUUAGCAGAACGUAAAGGACAAAUCUGAAGCGCACACCCAAACAGCUUAAGUGUAAAUUCAUGGCUGUGCCAACACUAGAGAAUCUGAGUGGUGUGGCUCAGGCAACUCACUGAACACCAGACUGCUGUGAUUUCUCCCCUAUAGGGAUGGGUUAUGUGGACUGGGAGCUAGCACCUGGUAAGGAGACCCCUAAAGGAAGUACAGAAUUGGUUGGUGUCAAUGGUGGUUCGCAAGGUUGGGUAGAUGCUUAACCUACGUCAGAGAAUUAUACUCCACCACCAUAUCCUCUUACUCAAAUGUCUAAGAAACAGAGGAGGACAUCCAGUUCCUUUCUCAUCAGGAAAAUAGGGUUGACUGGAUCUUGAUCUCAAAAUCAGUAACCAAUGUACGCUAACUGGUCUGUUAAGUGCAAGAAUUUAGAGUACGCUAACUGGUCUGUUUAAGUGCAAGAAUUAAGAUAAUCUAGGGAUUAUCUUACCUUGAAAACUCUUAAUAGUGGCCCCUGGCUAAAAAGUAUGGAACUAUACCUUUGAUUACCCAGGAUCAACUUUUAUCACAAGACUCCAAUACCAUAGUCUGCCACCAGCUGACAGGGAUGCUAUACGACUUAAAAGAAAACAGAAGGAAAAGGGACAUCCACAUGGACACUGACAUUCCUAUGGAACAUAUUUAACAAGUCUAGUAUCUCCACAGCUCCUCAGGGGUCCUCUUCAAAGAACCAGGCACUUAGAACAAGGCACUUUGAAAAAUAACUGUAAAGGUCAUAUUUAUAAUACAAACAAGAACUUCUUGAACAGAAGUGUGACUGGAUAUAGACAUGACAUGUCAUAUCUCGAGAAAUCUUUGAAUGUUAAGUUUACGCCAAAUUAACUUCCAACAGUCCCAGCCAUCCAGAUUGUUCCUGGUGCUCUAAUGACAGACUGCAGCGCAGAGCCUGCGGCUGCAAUGUCAGGACAAAUUAGCCUAAAAUUAAACAAGACAGAAUGUGAAGAAAUGUGGUAUCUGGCAAAGUCUGACUUUUGAAAGUGUGAGAUUGAUGAUGACAUUUUAAAGGUGCAGGUAAGACACCCAGACUGUGUUCUCCAUAUUUGCUAGCAAGUCCAAGUUAAUGGGUACGAAGAGGAAAGUAAAGUUAGUUUCUCACAGCAGGAAAAAGCCUCAUACUGUAUUUGUGCGCAUGUGUGUAUUUUUACAACUGUCCUGUGGUCAAUUCAAGGAAAGGCAUAUUUUAAAAGAACUGUUUUGAAGUGUUUAUCUCUCAUUUGAACAUCCAAGAAACAGAGCAGACAUUCUAAGGAGACCCAUAAAUCAUAUUAUGGUGGGGAGAUUAAUACCAUCAGCAUUUAUAUGGUACAGUUUUCUGAUGUUUAAAGGUUUUUAGAAUAUCCAAAUAACAGCAAUAUAUACAAUUAAAAAUUAUACAAUCAAGACUUCAAUGAAUAAAGAACAUCCAACUAACUGGACAUCCUUAAGGUGCCCACCCCUCCAAGAGGUUCAACAACCCUCCCUGGAGUGUGUUGCUUCUUCUGUCUGUGCUGCUACCAAAGUAACUUAUUUUUGUCAGUAUCACAUGGGACCACACUGCUUAUUUACAAGGCUAAAAUGACAUCUGGUGGCACUCUUUGCUGAAAACUCAGAUCCUGCUCCUGGAGAACUGUGAUUCAACAAUACCGACUAUUGAAGGUGCUGAAAAUGUAGUGACCUGUGUUACAAAGGUUACCAGGAUAAACCAUUAGCAUGUUCAGACACUUACAAUGGCAACAUACCUCCAACCUAACCUGGGAAAGGAACCUAUGGUUAAAUGUAUACUCUUUAUGCAGUGGAUUUAAAUGAAUACACUGACCACCAAAAUUUAGACAUUUCACUUUGACAUAGAAAAUGCUACUUGAAAUUUUUCAUUGCAAAAUUAUCUUCAACUAAGAAGUAAAAUAUGAACCUAUCUAUGCUACUAAUAUACUGACUUGAAGUAUUUUAGAUACAAUCAACAGCACAAAUUCUUAAAUUCAUAUAACUCGAUCCUGGUUUUUUUCUUUUUCCUAUGUAGAUGUGUUUGUAGACAGAAAGGGGCAAAUUGUUCAAUAGAGCCCCAAGAUACUGACACCUGGAACUAUUCUGUCUUAACAAAAAGUCCAUCAAAAUCUACAUCAGAUGAAUAUAAGAUAUUCUGUCUUUAACUAUAGGGGAGGGACAUGAGAUGAUGUUGUAAUCAUCGAAGGCGUACCAUCUAAUGUCCUUUUUUUACGAUUGUGUUGUAGCUGCAGGAUUAGCUUCACAUUUGCAGGCAGAAGGAGUUAAUCCUUAACACUCAUGCACAAGUCCACUCCCAGAGCUGCCCUGCAACCAAGAAGCUAAUAAAAGAGUGUGGCUUUUCAAACCAACACCUAUAUGAUGACACCACAAAUUAUUCAGCAAAAAUAAGUGCUUCAUUAACUUGCCUUACCAUUGCUGAAGCAUGAGAUGAUUCUACCCCAAGGCAGAAACUCAGAUAUCAAGAUUCCCUUACAUUUUAGAGAGUGCUAUACAGAAACUAAAAAAGGAGGUGACUUAAAACUCACACUGUUUGGAAAGUAUGCUGGCCUUUGGAGUUCAGAAACCACAUGGUCCUGACUGCCAAUCACUUAACCUUCCUUGUUACUUGACCUCUCUUGACUUAACUCAUUUGUGACAUGAAAAGGAGAUCUCCAAGUUUCUUAGCUCAAAAAUGUUAUGAUGACAUAUAUCCAAUAAUUCUUUUCCUGCCCUGCUUUCAAAAUACAAGUUGUAACACUGAGGUAUUACUUGCAUAAGACUCUCGUAAAUGACUCAGUGAGGUAUCACUCCAUUAGUGUCGGCAUCUGGUGAGCAGUAAAAAUAUCUAUUCAUCAAACAUGUAUAUGUUAUUGUCAUGCCUGUGCCUGAAAAUAAUGUAAUUCAAAUUCAUGCUUCUUCUAUAUUGAAAAAUUACAAAUUAUCUGCAAAACUAUCACUGCUUUUCUGUGUUUGACUUUAGCCAAUGGAAGCUCUGUAUGUUAAAAGAAACUAUGAAUCCUGAGCACUGUUUCUGCAAGGCUGUUUUCCCUGACCCUCCCCCUGGCUGAGUUCCAGAUGAUCAAAGGAGUAUUCCAGGAUCUCCCUCAAGCUCAAGCCCCUCCCCGUAUUUAAUAACUCUUUAUAGAAUAAUGAAAAUAGCCCACAAAAUUGCAGCCAAAUCGUUGGCUGAACAACAGGUUGUCAUUAAUCCCUUUGCUUUGCCUCAUACUCAAAUCACAUCUCAGAAACUCUAAUAAAGACGGAUCUUCCAAAGGGCAGAGGUUUUGUUCUGCUCUAGUGACUGGUAACCACUUCCAUGAGGCAUGAACACGUGCACACAGGCUUGCCCCUGCUCGGGCUGUCUGCAGCGGCAGGGCCCUUCCCCACCCUACCCUCCAACAGCCCAGCCUCGCAAGGCUCCUGUGAUCACCUUCCAUCAUCCCUUGUGUUUCAUAUGUGUAAACAGUUCAGAUUCUUCUGUUUUCUACUUUGCUUACUGUGGAAUCUUUU